CACCCAAGUAGUCUCACUAAAAUCCCAGUUGGUAUCAUUCUCAGUCCCAGAAAUAUAAUAUUAACACUUGUGUUCAAUUCCACAGCUGCUCCUCCUCCCUAGAGAUUUUGCUUUGCAGACAAAUUGAUCAAAAAGGCGUUUGCACUUGUUCUCAUCGGCCGAAGAGUGAAAACGCAAGGGAUAAUGUGUUCUUACUUAGCAUUGAGUUGCUUCAGAGUCUCUUGCACAACUCUUUUCGAAGCCAUUGUGCUCUUACAUCUCUACCUUUGGAGUUCUAAAACUCUCACAUGUGCAACUUGUACUCCAACCGGAAAUGUCACUGAUCAUCUGGCCUUGAUAGCCUUCAAGUCCAAGAUUUCAAAUGAUCCUCAAGGGAUUUUGAAAUCCUGGAACGAAUCUAUCCACUUUUGCAGGUGGACGGGCAUCACUUGCAGUCAUAGAAGAGACAGAGUAACCACCUUGAAUCUAUCAUCCAGGGACUUGGUGGGUUCUUUGUCUCCUUCCAUAGGGAACUUGAGCUUCCUUCGCGAGAUUAGACUUUCAAACAACAUCUUUCAUGGGGAUAUCCCACCUGAAAUUGGACGUCUAUUCAGAUUAAAGUUGCUACAUCUGAGCUACAAUUCCUUUGAAGGAAAGCUCCCAUCCAACUUGUCUCAUUGCUCCAACCUCAAUUUCUUCGGAGUUAGUUAUAACAAGUUAGUGGGAAACUUUCCAGUGGAGCUUGCUUCUUUGCCCAAGCUUACAAAUAUUUCUAUUAAUCUGAAUCAUUUCACCGGAGAAAUCCCACCUUUGAUUGGGAAUUUCACCUCUUUGUUAGCCUUGUCUGCAGCUUCUAAUAACUUCGGAGGUAGCAUUCCAGAAGCUUUUGGCCGGUUGAGAAGCUUGAGAUUUCUUGGACUUGCCGAGAAUAAUUUCUCUGGUAAGAUCCCCUCAUCAAUCUAUAACCUUUCUAUGCUUUCUGUUUUCUCUCUGGCUGAAAAUCAACUCGAAGGAAACAUUCUGUUGGACGUGGGACUCACUCUUCCUCAUCUGACAAUCUUUGAGAUAUGGGGGAACAAUUUUAGUGGGCAACUUCCUGUAACGUUAUGCAAUGCUUCAAAACUUGAAUGGAUCGAAAUAAGCCAAAAUAGUUUCUCCGGAAAAUUAACACUUCCUUUUGGACAGCUACAACAGCUUCAGCUGCUUACAAUGUUUACAAAUUCUCUAGGAGGUGGAGAAGCUGAUGAAAUGGAUUUUUUAACUUCUCUAGCCAAUUGCAGCAAAUUGCAAUAUUUGGAGUUUGGCGAUAAUCAGUUUCAGGGAAGAUUACCGGCAUCUAUAGCCAAUUUAUCAAAUCAAUUGAUGGGAUUUUCAUGUCAAAUAAAUAAGCUAUUCGGAAGCAUUCCUUCAGGGUUAAGGAAUCUCGUCAGCUUAAAUGAGUUGCACUUGCAGAAAAAUCAAUUUACUGGCGCAAUUCCAAGAGAAGUAGGUAUGCUUAAACAGCUGCAGCAUUUAGAUCUUAGCAUGAAUCAAUUUUCUGGAGAAAUACCAGAUCCUUUUGGAAAUUUAACGCUAUUGAAUAGGCUUUAUCUAGGACACAACAAGUUAAACGGAACCAUACCUUUAAGCCUUAGUAACUGCCAAAAAUUGCUGUUGUUGAGUCUUUCUCAAAAUGAUCUGAGUGGUAACAUCCCCAAAGAACUUUUUAGCAUUUCUGCAUUAACUAUAUUGCUAAAUCUUUCUCAUAAUCAUUUGGUUGGAUCUAUACCUUCAGAAGUUGGUGAACUGAUAAACUUAGGUGUACUUGAUGUAUCCGAAAACAUGUUGUCUGGAGACAUCCCCAGUAGCUUGAGUGGCUGCAUCAGCCUUGAAUUCCUUUACUUGAACAAAAACCUUUUGCAGGGUAACAUUCCUCCAUCUUUAAGCUCUUCAAGAGGUCUUCGUGCUGUGGAUCUUUCCUGUAACAACUUAACUGGUAUGAUACCUCAAUUCAUGGAGAAACUUGCACUACAGUAUCUGAAUUUGUCUUUCAAUAAUUUGGAAGGAGAGGUUUCAACAAAAGGCAUCUUUGCAAAUGCAAGUAUAGUGUUUGUUGAAGGAAACAAGAAUCUUUGUGGGGGAAUUGCUGAGCUUGGGUUGCCCAAAUGUAGCAUCAAACAAGGAGAGGGAGGAAAACUUUCGCGGGUGAAGAUAAUAACAAUAGUUGUCUCUGUUACAUGUGCAAUUGCAGGAGUGAUUGUUGUGUCUUUCUUCCUAUUUGGCUGGUCUAAAAGGAAAAACAAAGAUCAAUCUUCUGGAUCCGUAUUGAGGGAGCCAUUUAGGCAACUUUCUUAUGAAGCUAUCCUCAAAGCAACUGAUGGGUUUUCUUCAGCAAAUUUAAUUGGCAAAGGGAGUUUUGGUUCUGUCUAUAAAGGAGUUCUUCAAGAAGAUGGAACUAAUGUUGCAGUCAAAGUGCUUGAUCUUGAGCAUCGAGGAGCUUUCAAGAGUUUCAUAGCAGAGUGUGAAACCUUAAGGAACAUUCGUCAUCGAAACCUUGUAAAGAUCAUAACUUCUUGCUCCAGCAUUGAUUUCAAAGGCAAUGAUUUCAAGGCAUUGAUUUAUGAGUUGAUGGCCAAUGGAAGUCUAGAUAGUUGGCUGCAUCCGUCUUCUCAAGAAACAAUCAGUGGCCAAGCCAGAGUCCAGAGUCUAAACCUUUUACAGAGGAUAAGUAUUGCUAUUGAUGUUGCUUCCGCUCUUGACUACCUUCAUCACCAUAGCUCAAAGCCAAUUGUUCAUUGUGAUUUGAAGCCGAGCAACGUUCUUCUAGAUAGCGACAUGACUGCUCAUGUCGGAGAUUUUGGGCUUGCAAGAUUUUUUUCAGAGCUAAGAGUGCCAAAUGAAAGUAGCUCGGUUGGUGUGAGGGGAACAAUUGGUUACGCUGCUACAGAGUAUGGCAUGGGGAGUGAGGUUACAAUGCAAGGGGAUGUAUAUAGUUAUGGAAUUCUAGUGUUGGAGAUGAUGACAGGAAAGAGACCAACAGACAGUCUAUUUGAAGGUGGCCUUAACCUCCAUAACUAUGCCAGAACGGCCUUACCCGAUCAGGUUAUGGGGAUUGCAGACCCAAAACUCCUACACGAAGCUCAAGCAGUUACCAUUAACAGUAAUGUUGGUGUUCAGGCACGAUAUAACAGCAUAAUGGAUUGUCUAAUCUCUAUGAUUAGAAUUGGCGUGGCUUGUUCCGUGGAGUCACCUCAAGACCGGAUGGGCACAAGUGUUGUUCUCAGUGAGCUGCAUCAGAUCAGGAAGAAUCUUCUACAAAACCAGGCAACCUACUAGCAUACACUAGCCUCUGGGUCGGAAUGUUAUUAAAUAUAUUUAGUUAUAAAAUAAGUAGAGUGUG